GCACUGCUGCCUCUGAUAUGGAGGCAGCAGGGCAAGGUGGCAGGCAGCUCCCCUGGUGUUGUGAUUAACCAGGACCAUUAACCGUGGACAGAGACUGCUCCAGCAGCCCAUGGAUGAGAGGCUUGGAUGUUUAAGGGUGAAUUGUCUGGCUAAAAAUCAGUCUUUUAAAAAAAUUCCUUCCCUAAGUUAAACAUAAUACCUGAGACUGUUAAUAAAGAACUUUUUAAAGUCUAGUUUACUCUUCACUUCUUAUCCUGCUUUUGUUGAUUUAUUUCUUUCAGUCUUGAGCAGUGGAUGUAGAGGAGCCAGAUCAUUCAUGUUUGUUUGAAGACUGCUUCUAAUUUAUUCUACAUUCAGAACUACAAGAUAUUACAAGAUAUGCUGCCAAUUGUCCAUGUCAAUGGAAAAUCAGUAUUCUGUUUUGAGGACAAGUAGUUCAUCAGUAACGUCAGUUCACAAUGCUAAAAACAAUAACAAGGGCAGUUCCUCCAAACGAGAAUCUUUAGCUGUUAAUGCAGUUGCUUUACAAGAUCAUAUUUUACAUAACCUCCAACUCCAGGAUCUUUCAUUAGCGGAUCCUUUUAAGUCAAAGUUAAAGAAUAAAAAGAACAUUUAUAAACCUGUGAACAAAGAGAUGGUCAGAGCAGUAGUAGAUACUGGACUAAGAAAAAAGAGCAUUCUCUAUUCACAAAAGGAAGAUCCAGAAAAAGAAUAUGUACUUGAUCCUAAACCUCCACAACUAACAUUAGCUCAGAAAUUGGGCUUAAUUGAGCCUCCUCCUUUGCCAUUAACUACAGAAGAAUGGGAUAAAGUAAAGCAAAGAUCCAUAAAACAGGGGGAUUCUGUACAACCUUGUGCAAUAUGUAGAGAAGAAUUUGCUCUUCAACCACAGGUGCUGCUCUCAUGUUCUCAUGUAUUUCACAGAGAAUGCCUGAAAGCUUUUGAAAAGUUUGCAGGUAAAAAGACCUGUCCUUUGUGUAGAAAGAAGCAGUAUCAGACCAGGGUAAUACAUGAUGGGGCACGUCUUUUUAAAAUAAAGUGUAUAACGAGAAUCCAAGCUUGCUGGAGAGGGUAUAUAGUUAGAAAAUGGUAUAAAAACUUGCGAAAAACAGUACCUCCUCAAGAUAGCAAAUUAAGAAAAAAAUUCUUUGAAGCAAAGUUUCUGGAGAUCAGCAAUCGAUUAUUGAGUUCCUACGACACAAACAUAGAUGAGUUUUUUUCUGAAAUUGAUUCUUCUAUAGCUGCAAGUCGAAAUCUAUUUCAACAGCUGGAGGAAAAAUUUGCUCCAUUAAUAAGUGAAAUUGAAUGGGAAAAAAUACAGAUGCAGGCAUUUCGGCAAGAAAUAUUUGACUGCCCUAUUUGCAUUAUGCCACUCUGUCAUAUAACUCAUCCUCCAAACGUCUUUUCUGAAAACAGCAACAAUUGCAACAAUCAGUGUUUACGCCAGACUGUUCUGCUGUCUUGUUCACAUAUGUUUCAUCGGACUUGUCUUCAAGCAUUUGAAGAGUUUUCCUUGGGAGAAAAAGUUGUUUGUCCUUUAUGUCGCUCUUGUUAUCAAAAGAAAAUUCUUGAAUGUUGAUAAAAAUAUGCAAACAGUCCAGAAUGACUACAUAAUUGCAUUUUUAAUUGGUUUAAUGGGAAAACCUCGCAGGAGAUUAGAUUAGAUCCUUGUCAGAUCUAGUGUAAGAAAAAAAGCUUCUCUAUGAAUGAUGAUCCUCACAGAAAUAAAAGUUAAAUGGGAACUGU